GUUUUAUUUGGAGCGCAUCGGUGCACGGAUUACAAUGCAAAGUGUUUUGGAGGUUUGGCUCACCUUGGUGACGGUGGGGUCGCUCACAGAGGGGGUCUCUGGAGGGUAUGGGCUCAGCAUGUUCGCGGCUCAGUCGUCCCCCCCGGAUCCGUGCUACGAUGAGAACGGGAACCCUCGGAGGUGCAUCCCGGACUUCGUGAACUCCGCGUUUGGAAAGGACGUACGCGUGUCCAGCACCUGCGGGACCCCGGCCGCCAGGUACUGUGUGGUGACCGAGAAGGAGGAGGAGAGGACUCGGGACUGUCACACCUGCGACGCCGGAGACCCCAAGAAAUCUCACCCUCCUGCGUACUUAACGGACCUCAACAACCCCCACAACCUCACCUGCUGGCAGUCCGAGAACUACGUGCAGUUCCCGCAGAAUCUCACCCUCACUUUAUCCCUGGGGAAGAAGUUCGAGGUGACCUAUGUGAGCCUGCAGUUCUGCUCACCCAGACCCGAGUCCAUGGCCAUCUACAAGUCCAUGGACUACGGGAAGUCCUGGGUGCCGUUUCAGUAUUACUCCACUCAGUGCAAGAAGAUGUACAACCGGCAGAAUAAAGCAGCGAUCACCAAGCAGAACGAGCAGGAGGCCAUCUGCACGGACUCCCACACCGACAUGCACCCUCUGACGGGGGGGCUCAUCGCCUUCAGCACCCUGGAUGGGAGACCCUCUGCGCACGACUUCGAUAAUUCCCCCGUGCUGCAGGACUGGGUGACGGCCACCGACAUCAAGGUGAUCUUCAGCCGGCUGCACACGUUUGGAGACGAGAACGAGGACGACUCGGAGCUGGCGAGAGACUCCUACUUUUACGCGGUGUCUGACCUGCAGGUCGGGGGCAGGUGCAAGUGCAACGGGCACGCGUCGAAAUGCGUGAAAGACCGCGAGGGGAACCUGGUGUGUGAGUGCAAGCAUCACACCGCGGGCCCGGAGUGCGACAGGUGCAAACCCUUCCACUACGACCGGCCCUGGCAACGCGCAACGGCCCGUGAAGCCAACGAGUGUGUUG